AUGCGCCUCCUCGAUACGAGUACCUUACAAUUCAAGUGGUUUGACGAUCCACACGAGGUCCGCUACGCUAUUCUAUCCCACGUCUGGGCCAAGGAUGGAGAGCAAACGCUCCAGAAACGGCUUGAUCAGGAAGACUCGGAGUUCAACAAGAUUCUCUCCCCCAAGAUCCGGAAAGCAUGCGAGGUUGCGCGGCAGCAUGAAUUCCAGUACAUCUGGAUAGACUCGUGUUGCAUCGAUAAGACAAGUAGCGCGGAGCUGUCCGAAGCUCUCAAUUCGAUGUAUCGGUGGUAUCGGUGCGCAGAGGUAUGCUACGCUCACCUCUGGGAUGUCGAAGACGGAGACAAUCCCCACAUAACGAACUCUCAAUUCCGCCGCGCUGAGUGGUUCAAGCGUGGCUGGACACUUCAGGAACUCCUGGCUCCGAACACCGUACUAUUUCUUUCCAAGACCUGGGCUGUGAUCGGGACCAAGCACAGCCUGGCGAAAGACAUUCACGAUGUCACCUCCAUCGAUACUCAGAUUCUGCGAGGCCGACGAAAGCUUUCCGACGCCUCCGUCGCAGAGCGUAUGUCAUGGGCGUCCGAUCGGGUCACGACGAAGGUCGAGGACAGAGCAUCUUCGCAUGGGGUCAGCGCCGUGACUCCCUCUCGCUGA